CCACUCCCCGGCCUUUCCCUUCAUCCCGCCCGGCAUGGACACAAGCCCACGAGGUGUCUCGGCCUCAGCCGCCACUUUGCCGUCGCUGCUGCCACCGCGGGCGUUGCCAAAAGCCGAGAGCCCGGGUGGUUUUUAGCAAAGUGAGGGGUGAAGUGUGCGGGAGGUGGCGAGGAGUGGCAGGGAGCAGAACGGGUGCCGGGACCCCCAGACAGGCCCCUUCUGGUGGCGCUCACGGAUCCAGCACCUUCAGACCUUCCUCUGGGGUCGGGGGUCCCCCAGCGCGCCGGGAAGGAGUCACGCUGAGCACUGAUUGUCGUUCUUCGCCCUCCCCACCCCUCACACCCUUCCCCACCCCGACCACACCCCACCCCCUCCACUACCCUUCUCCCCUCCCUCCCAUCCCCCACCCGUCUGCCAGGUCGGAGGAGGGUUUAAAGCCAGGUGCGCCGAGUCAGCUCGCCAUGUCCAGAUCCGGGGACAGGACCUCCACCUUCGACCCCAGCCACAGCGACAACCUGCUGCACGGCCUCAACCUGCUGUGGAGGAAGCAGCUGUUUUGCGACGUGACCCUGACGGCCCAGGGCCAACAGUUCCACUGCCACAAGGCCGUGCUGGCCUCCUGCUCGCAGUACUUCCGAUCGCUCUUCUCCAGCCACCCCCCUCUCGGGGGAGGGGGCGGCGGCCAGGACGGCCUGGGGGCUCCCAAGGACCAGCAGCAGCAGCCGCCGCCGCAGCAGCAAGCGCCGCAGCAGCCGCCGCCGCAGGAGGAGCCCGGGACGCCUUCCUCCUCCCCCGACGACAAGCUGCUGACCAGUCCCCGGGCCAUCAACAACCUGGUGCUGCAGGGCUGCUCAUCCAUUGGGUUGCGCCUGGUGCUCGAAUACCUCUACACGGCCAACGUGACCCUGUCCCUGGACACCGUGGAGGAGGUGCUGUCGGUCAGCAAGAUCUUGCACAUCCCCCAGGUCACCAAGCUCUGCGUGCAGUUCCUCAACGACCAGAUCUCGGUGCAGAACUACAAGCAGGUGUGCAAGAUCGCCGCGCUGCACGGCCUGGAGGAAACCAAGAAGCUGGCCAACAAGUACCUAGUGGAGGAUGUGCUGCUGCUUAACUUCGAGGAGAUGCGCGCCCUGCUGGACUCGCUGCCGCCCCCCGUGGAGUCGGAGCUGGCGCUCUUCCAGAUGUCCGUGCUGUGGCUGGAGCACGACCGCGAGACCCGCAUGCAGUACGCGCCCGACCUCAUGAAGCGCCUCCGCUUCGCGCUCAUCCCGGCCCCGGAGCUGGUGGAGCGGGUCCAGUCAGUGGAUUUCAUGCGCACCGACCCGGUCUGCCAGAAGCUGCUCCUGGACGCCAUGAACUACCACCUGAUGCCCUUCAGGCAGCACUGCAGGCAGAGCCUGGCCAGCAGAAUUCGCUCUAACAAGAAAAUGCUGUUAUUGGUUGGAGGAUUGCCUCCCGGGCCGGACCGGCUCCCCAGCAAUUUGGUUCAGUACUACGAUGAUGAAAAGAAGACAUGGAAAAUACUUACGAUUAUGCCAUACAACAGUGCUCACCACUGCGUCGUGGAGGUAGAAAACUUCCUGUUCGUGUUGGGUGGAGAGGACCAAUGGAACCCUAAUGGAAAACACAGUACAAAUUUUGUCAGCCGAUAUGACCCACGAUUUAAUAGCUGGAUACAACUCCCACCCAUGCAAGAAAGAAGAGCCAGUUUCUAUGCCUGUCGGUUGGACAAGCAUUUAUACGUUAUUGGUGGAAGGAAUGAAACCGGCUACUUGUCUAGCGUGGAGUGCUACAACCUAGAAACCAACGAAUGGCGUUACGUGUCCUCUUUGCCUCAGCCGCUGGCCGCUCACGCAGGAGCAGUGCACAACGGGAAGAUUUACAUUUCAGGGGGUGUACAUAAUGGAGAAUAUGUCCCUUGGCUAUAUUGCUAUGACCCUGUAAUGGAUGUCUGGGCUCGAAAGCAAGAUAUGAACACAAAACGCGCCAUCCACACUUUGGCUGUAAUGAAUGAUCGCUUGUAUGCAAUUGGAGGAAAUCAUUUGAAAGGUUUCUCCCACCUUGAUGUAAUGCUUGUAGAGUGCUAUGACCCAAAAGGUGACCAGUGGAACAUUCUUCAGACUCCCAUUUUGGAGGGUCGAAGUGGGCCUGGCUGUGCAGUGCUUGACGACAGCAUUUACCUAGUGGGAGGCUACAGCUGGAGUAUGGGGGCCUACAAGUCAUCUACAAUAUGCUAUUGUCCUGAAAAAGGCACCUGGACAGAACUCGAAGGAGAUGUGGCAGAACCACUGGCAGGCCCAGCUUGUGCAACAGUCAUCCUGCCUGCCUGUGUACCUUAUAACAAAUAAUACCAGGAAGCCCUGGAAUGAACAGUAUCACAUUCUAGGAGUGCCAGGUGACAUCACUGUUAUGCUCGGAUCAAUGCAUUCUAAUGGUACAACUGCAGAAAUCCACCUUCAGUUUCUGAUGAUUUACAAAUAACUGCAAAAGCAAAAGACCUGUUCUUGAACAGCUAAAGAGUCUGAAACUCAGAUCACACCAAACAUUCUGUGAUGACUGUCGCUUCCAUUUCAAACUGGUUUUAACUUCUCCCAGUUUUACAAAAACUCAUGUGGACCUUAACUUCAAAAAGGAGAAAGAUAAAAUACAGAAGAAUGCCCCCAGAGAGACCUAAGAUCAGUAUUGUGCAUUGUAAUCUACCUGCAUGUGCUCUAUGUUAAAGUUUUGGGGAUAUUGUGUUCAUAAAUGAUUUGAAAUUGGACCCACCAAAAUACCUACAACUGCAUUGCAGAAAUUGCCACUUGAUUCUAUAUUCCUAAUCUGUGGCUACUUCACAGACUCCAUAGGCAACACAAUUAUAGAAAAUCAUUUCAGAUUAAUGAGGAGAGUUUUUCUUUCUAUAAUUUCUGCCCUUAACAGAACCUAAUGGAACAAGAGAAGAGAAAGAUAUUGUAUUUUGUAGCAAUUGCUUUCUACCCUAUAGAUUCUAGGCUAACCAGAGUCAAAAUUUCUGUUCAUCAAAUUUAUCUUUAAAAAUGGAGAAAAUAUGUAUAGUAUGUCACUAUUCAGUUAUCAAGGCUUGUGAUUUCUCUUUUUUUCUUGCAAUAUAUCUUAUGA